UGAAGUGGGGAGUGGUAGACUGAGUCUCAUCUCUCUCUCUCUCACUCUUCCCUGUCAGUAAGGUUUAUAGCUCCUCUGCAGUGAUGACGAGUACAUGCGCUGUGUGUGAAUGAGUGAAUGUGCUCCCUGGCUGGAUCGCUGUUGGCAUCACUGAUGAGUCGGAGAUGGUAACAGGUCUGGUCCUCUCGUGUCUCCUUCUUGGGGUUGCUGGCUCGCCUCUCCUGGUGCUCUGAUCUCCACUUGGCCCCCAUGAGUGUAACCGAGGACAAACCAUCCCUCCCUGGAAGAUGAGAAAUGUUUCAGACACGUCUGCUGUGUUUGCCUCCACCAUUUCUAAGUAUCAUGACGUCUUCAUGGGUUCAGUCUACACCACGUUCUGUAAGUCCACACGAGUCAUUAUCUUUAAUGUUGUAUCUCCUCAAACAGUGCACAAUGUGUUUUUUUCUUUUCUUUUUUUUUUAGGCAUAUUGUCCGUCACGGGCAAUUGCGUCCUACUUAUUGUUGCAUAUCACAAGAGAUCAACCUUGAAGCCAGCAGAGUUCUUCAUCAUCAGUCUAUCGAUCAGUGACCUUGGGAUGACACUCUCUUUAUUCCCUUUGGCCAUACCAUCAGCUUUCUCACACAGGUGGCUGUUUGGGGGAUUCAUCUGUCAGCUCUAUGCCAUGUGUGGAGUGUUGUUUGGUCUGUGCAGCCUGACCAACCUCACAGUCCUCUCGUUUGUUUGCUGUCUUAAAGUCUGCUUUCCUAACUAUGGCAACAACUUUUCCUCGUCUCAUGCUCGUAUCCUGGUGGUUGGAGUGUGGUCUUACGCGUCUGUGUUUGCUCUUGGCCCCUUGGCCCAGUGGGGGCAUUACAGUCCCGAACCUUACGGCACGGCCUGCUGCAUUGACUGGAACGCACCCAACCACAAGCCUUCAGCUUUGUCUUACAUCGUCUGCCUUUUCGUGUUUUGCUACAUACUUCCAUGUACGGUCAUCUUCCUCUCCUAUGCUUUCAUCCUACUGACAGUGAGGGGGUCACAUCAGGCUGUCCAGCAACAUGUGUCCCCUCAGACCAAAUCCACCAACGCACACGCGCUCAUAGCGAAGCUGUCAGUAGCUGUGUGUAUUGGCUUCCUGACCGCCUGGACACCAUACGCUGCUGUGGCAAUGUGGGCCGCUUUUGGAGACGCUACGCAGGUUCCUUCAGGGGCAUUUGCCCUGGCAGCCAUAUUUGCCAAGUCCUCCACAAUCUACAACCCAAUGGUCUACCUGCUGUUUAAACCCAACUUUCGUGAGUGUUUGUACAGAGACACGUCUAUGCUAUGGCAGAGGAUCUCCAGAAGUAGCCUGCAAUUGGAUCAGAAAGAGCGGUCACAGCGCAACAAGGACACUAGCAUGUCCACAUGCCUCUCAAAUGGACAGAAGGACAGCUAUGGAGCUUGCACUCAGUGUCCUGAGAGCGUAGCCAUGUCUCACAUGUCCACACCACAAAUGAGGGCCUGUAUUUUAAAUGCCUCUACCUCCAGAGAAGUGACACUGAGUCAGAUCACAGCCAAACGACACACUGACUACCUCUAGCAGCAAAACGUCCU